AUGGCUCAGGACCAUGACUCACAUAAUAUGUUGAAACGUCGUCUACUUCGCGGGGAGAUCACAUACGCCGCCGCAAAGGAGCAAGACUCUAAUAUCCUCCACGAAUUGGGAUACAGGGAUCAGAAGAUUCGAUAUUUUACUCAUUUGUAUCGAAAUCGCAAGCUAAUCGAAUCAAUCGUGGCCCACCAUCUCAACCUCCCUUCUGCAGACACGUGUCAUGCAGUCGAUGUUGAGGACUGGAUACAUGGCAGCUUCAAUGUUUGCAUACGAGUUGAGGUUGAUAGUCAAGGGCGGGAUCCUAGGAAACAACUGAUGAUCAGAUUUCCAUUGCCGUACCGAAUAGGGGAGAACUCUUGCCCAGGUAAUACGGAUGAGAAGGUUCGUUGCGAAGCUGGGACCUACUCAUGGCUUCAAGAGAACUGUCCAACUAUCCCUAUACCACAGCUGUAUGGGCUUGGACUGUCUACUGGCCAAGCUUUCACACUCCUCGAUAAUCUGCCUUUCGUAACCCGCAUUGUUGAGCGUCUGCGCCGUCGACUAUUGGCUUGGCUAAAUUAUCCGACCCCAUCCCUCUAUGUUCAACAUCGAGCCAAUGUUCAAACUAUGUUGGGCACCCCUUAUCUUCUAAUUGAGUACAUCGAUCCGUCGAGAGGUAAAAUGCUUUCUGAAACGUGGGAGGAAGGGCGCCACAAUCUCAAACUACGCACAAACCUUUUCCAUGGGCUCUCCCGUAUCAUGUUGGGUUUGGCACGUAUUCCGCUACCAAGAAUCGGGUCCUUCCUUCUGGAUGAAAAAGGAUACUUAACUUUAAGUAACCGACCUCUUACCCUUGAAAUCCAUCAACUAGAAACUGAACACAUUCCAGUCGACAUGCCGCAAAAUAUCACUUAUUCUACUGUUGACGCCUAUGUCAAUGACAUCCUUGCAUUUCAUGAAAGCCGGCUUCGCCACCAGCCUAAUGCAGUCAACAAUAUCGAAGAUGGCUUCUAUCAAACAUCCGCAUUGAUGGUCAUGAGAAGUGUCUGGACCUGUUUUUUUCGCCGUGAUCUCCUCCGAGGUCCCUUUUUUCUUAAUCUCACCGAUCUUAACCAGAGUAACAUCUUUGUUGACGACGAUUGGAACAUCAAAUGUCUAAUAGAUCUCGAGUGGGCAUGCUCUCAACCAGUGGAAAUGAUACAUCCCCCGUACUGGUUGACAAAUCAGGCUAUUGACUUGAUCAGCAUGGAGGACUUUGAAGUUUCUCACAGGGAGUUCUUGGAAGCCUUCGCAGACGAAGAGAAGGAAUUCGAGCUACCAGUCCGUCUCUAUCCUAUCUUGCAGCAUGGAUGGGAGAGAGGGACAUUUUGGUGUUCUCUUGCGCUCAGUAGCCCUACGGCUUUAUUCAAGAUCUUUUAUGACUUCAUUCAACCGAGGUUUUCUAAAGCUCACGACGAUCCAGCUUUCUGGCAAAUCACUAUGCCCUACUGGACAUUCGACACCUUUAAGUUUAUAGAGCAAAAGGUGAAGGACAAAGAGCAAUAUGAUAAUUCCUUGCGUGAAGCAUUUGAAUCCGGAAGCUCUCAUGACUAG